AUGGCUCCUUCAACGUUCCUCUUCACAUCGGAAUCCGUCUCUGAGGGACAUCCCGACAAGAUGUGUGACCAGAUCUCUGAUGCUGUCCUUGACGCUCAUCUUGCCCAGGAUCCAGACGCAAAAGUGGCUUGCGAGACCGUGACUAAGACUGGAAUGAUAAUGCUGUGCGGGGAGAUCACCUCAAAAGCCCAAGUCGACUACCAAACCCUCGUGCGAAAUGUGGUCAAGAAGAUCGGAUACGACGACUCGAAUAAAGGCUUUGACUACAAGACGUGCAACGUUCUUGUAGCUUUGGAGCAACAAUCACCCGAGAUCGCCGCCGGUGUCCACGUGAGCAAAUCCGAGGAGGACGUCGGAGCCGGAGAUCAGGGUCUUAUGUUCGGCUAUGCCUCGGAUGAGACGGAGGAGGCAAUGCCAUUGACCCUCGUGCUCGCUCACCGCCUCAACGAGCACUUGCACAAGUUGAGACGUAACGGCACUCUUGGAUGGGUUCGACCUGACUCGAAAUCUCAAGUGACCAUCGAGUACUCGUUCGACGGUGGAGCGUGUGUUCCCCGCCGUGUUCACACCAUUGUCAUCUCUACCCAGCAUGCCCCAGAAAUCACGAUGGACCAGCUCCGCGCUGCACUCAAAGAGAAAGUGAUCAAAGAGGUGAUCCCCGAUUACCUUCUCGAUGAGAACACCGUCUUCCACUUGAACCCAUGCGGAUCGUUCGUCAUCGGAGGACCAAUGGGAGAUGCUGGCUUGACUGGACGCAAGAUCAUCGUCGACACGUACGGAGGCUGGGGAGCUCACGGUGGUGGCGCUUUCUCUGGAAAAGACCCAACCAAAGUCGAUCGCUCGGCCGCUUACGCUGCUCGCUGGGUUGCUAAGUCACUUGUCAAGGGCGGUCUCUGCAGACGUUGCCUUGUUCAGGUUUCGUAUGCUAUCGGAUUGGCGAAACCCCUUUCUGUGAUGGUCUUCUCAUUCGGCACCUCAUCCCUCAACGAGUCUGAGCUUCUUGAGGUCGUCAAUGCGAACUUUGACCUCCGACCGGGAAUGAUCAUCAAGGACCUCAACUUGAAGCGACCAACUCAAGGACUCUACGAGAAAACCGCCGAAAAUGGUCACUUUGGACAUGGCGAUUUCCCCUGGGAGAAGCCAAGAACCCUUCAGCUCAGGCCAGAACUUGCCGCCAAAGCCAAAACCCCAACAUCAGUACAAACCGAGGCGGGAGCGAUUGCACAC